AUGGAGGGCGAUUUGGGGGCCCCCAACGCCAGCGUGCUGGGGGAGCGCUCGCUGCUGGUGGGGAGCAGCUGGGUGGCCGCUUUCCUCUGCUUCAUCAUCCUGCUGACCACGGCGGGGAACUUCCUCCUCAUCCUCCUCAUCGUCACCCAGCGCUCCCUCCGCAACACCUCCAACUACUUCUUGGUGUCCCUCUUCAUGUCCGACCUGAUGGUGGGGCUGGUGGUGAUGCCCCCGGCCAUGCUCAACCAGCUCUACGGCCGCUGGGUGCUGCGGGGCGACUUCUGCUCCCUCUGGUACUCCUUCGACGUCAUGUGCUGCAGCGCUUCCAUCCUCAACCUCUGCGUCAUCAGCUUGGACCGCUACCUGCUCAUCAUCUCCCCCCUCAAAUACAAGCUGCGGAUGACCUCCUGCAGAGCCCUCUGGCUCAUCCUGGCCACCUGGACCUUGGCUGCGCUGGCCUCCUUCCUGCCCAUCAAAAUGGGUUGGCACGAGCUGGAGUUCGAGGUCCGCUCCCCAAACGUCACCUCCCGGGGGGACGAGGACCAGUGCCGGCUGCUGGUCAGCUUGCCCUACGCCUUGGUGGCCUCCUGCCUGACUUUCUUCCUCCCGUCCGCCGCCAUCUCCUUCACCUACUGCCGCAUCCUCCUGGCAGCCCGCAAGCAGGCGGUGCAGGUGGCUUCCCUCGCCUCCAAUGUGGCCACCGCCACCACCGACGAGACCACGCCACAG